CUUAUGUGGAAUUUUAGGAUUAACAGCAUGGAAGAGGCCAAUGCGGCUUUUGGACUGUCCAAAUACAUUAAUGUGGAAAGGGAAGCUCACCACCUACCCCUCCAAGUUACAUGGGUUAACCUGUUUGUUCUGCUGUCUAUGAUCAGUUUUAUGCUGAACGGGAUUGGAUUAAUACUAGGAUGUCAAGGCAUUCAUUUUGUGUCUGGGCUACCCAGAUGCCAUUUGAUGGAUAUGGAUGAAAACAAGACUUGUUUUUGCUGUGAAGAACGCCAUGCUACUACCUGCACAGAAGCAAAGGCUGUACUGAAGCUAUACCACGUGAAGUCGUGCAGUGCUGCUCGCCUUGUUCUCAAGAAGGUUCUCUUAGUUGUUAGUGCCCUGAAUGCUCUCACCGCCACAGUUUGCUUCGCGGCAGCUGCCCUGCAUUACUGGCUGACACUGGCAUCAAGAGGGUCCUGCACAGAUGAAUGUGAGAUUGAAGGCGAAGAUCACAAUUUGGAUCCGGAUGACUUUGUCCCCCCUGUCCCACCUCCCUCCUAUUUUGCAACUUUUAAUUCUUGUACUCCACAAAGUCACAGCACACCUGUCUCUGAUGUGAUUUCACUGCACUGUAUUUCUGUAACACGAAUCAGAGGGGUUGAAGUGUACUGCCCUCUGGACCCACCUCCACCCUACGAAACUGUGUGCAGCGUAAAAAGCUCUGAGCAGGGAGGUGCACUUCAAAUAAAUGGUGUGGAAGAGGUUGAUUCAGGGGAAGUAAGUGAAAGGCAGUCCUCUCAAGCUGAAGAAAUUCAGGAGCCUUCCAGCAGAGUGAGCCUUUCCCCUUCAAAUGCAGGCUGUGUGCCUGCAGGAAGGAACAGAAGAGCCUUCGAUCCCUUGUGGAAAUGUUCUAAAAGUGACCGUGGGCUCCUGCACUGCCAGCUGCCUCAAGGGACAGUGCUCAGCUGUGAAACUGCAACACUCAAUGAUGUAAAUCCACUGAAUGCUGUCACCUUGCGGAAGAGCUCAGGAGCCAGAGCUUCAAGGGGAAGACCCCAGUCUCUGAUAGACUAUAACUCUUACAUGGACACUAAACGGCGUGUGGCGUGGAUCCUUGAGCAGUCCUGCAGCAUGAGCCCAGACAUACGUGACUUGGUCGAAAAUACCAAGUCUGUUUUAAAAUCAGAUGAGAAGCAUAUGGCAGAAGCUGUCACCAGUGCCAGUUUCCUUGAGCAGGUGAUGACAACACCUGCCCAGCAAGCCACAUCAUUGAGAGUACAUGUGUUGCCUUCUGGAUUGCACUCUAGAUUGCUGUACCUGGAGAGCUGUGGUGACCUGAGUACUUUCACCACAGAGGGAGAACAGCUAGCAGAGAGGAGAAUCCAAAGAGCAGAACAUGAACGGCCUCGCAGUGUUAUUGGUGUUGUCAGAGAAACUGUGCUUUGAGCUGGCUUUUUAGUUACUCCUCAGCAGAGCUCUUCUGUCAGACAUACACAUACUGCAGAGGAAAAUCAUCUGUGGCAAGUGGGUGGAUGGGUUUGUCAAUAAUUGCCUUCUUUUUUAAUGCUCUUAUGCACAGACUCCAAAGGGGGAAGAUCAUUCUACAAAGAGCAAUGAGGAGACUGAAAGCUGACCUUUACU